AUGAAACGCCUAUCGAUACGCUUCAUUCUCUCUCUAGCCUCAACCACGGCAGCUCUGUCUUCCCAUCAGGACCCCGCAUUCGAGUCGUCGUCAUCUACAGACACCGUAAACAAUGAUUACCACGCCAACGCGGGCGUCUUGCAAUAUGUCAAUCCCCUCAUCGGCACCAGAGGCUACGAUCCUAAUGAUCUCGGUGGCAUGAUUCCCUCUGUAUCGCCGCCAUUUGGGAUGACGCGAUGGACUCCGCAGACGCGCGAAAACUUCAUCUCCCAAGUCCCCUACAAUGACCGCGACCGUCGCAUGCACGGCUUCCAGGCAACGCAUCAACCCGCGAUAUGGAUUGGCGAAAACGGCCAUGUGGCGCUUAUGCCCGGACUUGGAGAUGAGGUUCGACCGCUAUUCCAGCACCGUGGCCUGUCAUUCAGAAAAGAAGAUGAGAGAAGCACGCCGUACGUGUAUGAAGUAACGCUGGACGCGGAUUCAGUAGGCGAAUUCGGAUGGAAUCUUACUGAACAGGCGACGUCGGAGCUCCUUGGCGAUGCUUGUCCUCCAUGCCCGGGCGGCGCUGCUUUUGUGCCUAACAAGGAUGUGACUGAGGGUGCCAAUGGCCGUGUGAGACGGCGAGACUAUGUGUUUGAGCCAGAGAAUCAAUUCGCCGUGCAAAGUCCGUCUGCAAAUUCUUCAGAGCAUCUUGAUGGAAGCAGGUAUGAGAAUUCCAUACAAGUAGCAAUGAGCGCGUCGGCGCAUGUCGGCCAUCUUCGCGUCGAUUUCCAAGAUACAAAGGCACGACAGCCUUAUUUCAUCAUCCAAGCCAGUCGUCUCAACUGGACAGGCCAUGUCGAGAUUGAUCCCGAAACUCAAGAGGUGUCGGGUAGUAAUUCCCAGCGGCAAGAGUAUUUGUUGGGCCCCGACAAACCCGAAUCUUUUAGGCUCUACUUUGUGUCGCGCUUUUCCGAGCCCUUUACCUCCUACGGAGUCAGCCGUGCGGAUAAGUUAUACAAGGGUAAAAGAUAUAUCGAAGACAAGUUUGUUGGUGCGUAUGUUACGUUUGACGAGUCAGUCAAGAGGGUCGAGGUGAGAACUGGAGUGUCGUAUGUCAGUGUAGAGCAGGCCAGGAAGAAUCUCGAUAUUGAUAUACCGGACGGAACAACAUUUGAAACCACAGUGGACAAUGUCAAAUCGGCCUGGCUAGAAAGAUUAGGGAGGAUCAAAAUCUCCGGAGUCAACGAAACCGACCCAGAUCAUGAUCCCCGGACCAUCUUUUACACAGGCUUAUUUCACGCCCUCCAGUAUCCGAGUGACUAUUCCGAACCCACCGCUUCAUCUGAAGGUGGCCUGCGACGCUUUUAUAGUGGCUAUACGGACAGCGUUCACGAGGCAAACGAUUCAUAUUACCAGUCGUGGUCAAUCUGGGAUACUUACAGGGCAGAGCAUUCGCUGCUCACCAUCUUUGCCCCGGAACGCGUCGAUUCCAUGAUGCGCUCUCUCCUGCGCAUAUUUGACUGGUCUGGCAGGUUGCCGUUGUGGAAUAACAUGAUUGAGAACAACGAAAUGAUUGCGACCCAUGUUGAUGCUGUGAUUGCAAACGCACUCGUCAGAGGGUUCGAGAACUUUGACGUGGCAAAAGCUUGGGAUGCUGUCUAUGUCGAUGCUUACGUGCCUCCUGAAAACGACACCGACCUUCUAUACUAUUCUCGAGAGCCCAGUACUCCAUACGAGUGUCGAGCUGGGUUAACGAGCUACCUCGAGCAUGGAUGGGUCGACAAUGAUCGGUGGGCAGAAUCCGCCAGCCGCACGCUGGACUAUUCCUUCGACGACUAUGCGGCUGCCGUGGUAGCUGAACAUGCAGGGGAUGUCGAGCAUGCAAAGGAACUUCGAGAACGAUCGCAAAAUUACAGGAAGCUCUGGAACCCAGAGACGGAGUUUAUGCAAGCCCGCAAUGCAAACGGGACGUGGGCGAAUGACUCUUGGGGAUGGACUGAAGGAGACAAGUGGAUUUACACGCUGAACGUGAUGCACGAUGUAGGCGGCUUAGCCUCGCUUUUUAAAGGCGGGAAGAAAGCCAUGAAGGCUCGUAUGGAUGAAUAUUUCGCGGGAGGCCAUAACAUGCACAGCAACGAACCGUCGCAUCACGCCCCGUAUCUGUACUCUGCCAUAGGCUAUCCUGCCGAUGCCGCACGACAGAUCCGUGAGCUUGCCUGGGAGAAUUACAACGCCACGGCCUCAGGGCUGAGCGGCAACGAAGAUUUGGGGCAGAUGAGCGCCUGGUAUGUCUUGUCGGCACUCGGGUUCUAUCCCGUGAAUCCAGCGAGUGAUGAGUAUGUGGUCGCAACACCAUUCUUUGAUGAGGUAGAGAUUCUGCUGCCUUCUGGUCCUGGUGAUGAUGGAAAAGACCACACACUGGUCAUCUCGGCGCCAGGAGCGGGUUCUGAUGGCAAGGCAUAUGUGAAGAGUUUAAAGGUCGACGGCGAAAAGGUUCACAGGCCAACGUUGAAGCAUGGGCAGAUUGUAAAGGCGAGCAGGAUUGAGUUUGAGAUGAGCGAUGAACCAACAAGCUGGGGACAGGAGGGAACAGUGUAA